AGGUGUUGUUAACGCGACAGAGGAGCGAAUGCAUUUUGUUGCGGACUAUGUAAAAAAAAAAUUAAAUUAGUAGCUAGAUACUAUUUCUUCGCAAAGAGUUUCAGUUUGUUUUUGGAAACCGUGUUGCGCGACGGAAUGUGGGAGUAUAUUAAAACUAUGUAAGUGUAUUGACGUCUGGAAGCAAACUAUCUUAUUAAACAGUGUUAACUAACGUUAUCGAGUCCGUUAGCUAAGCUAUCUUAGCUAAGACCUAUGACGGGGUUUUGCCAGCGAGCUAAACUUCACUACUGGAGUUUAUCAUACCGAUACUAGCGUAGUUUCUGCAUGUAUUUACAGUGAAACUGCGCGGAUGCUUAGUAUUUCAACGACGUUUUCAUAUUGUUAUCCAUCCUGGCUGGCUAUUUGCUUUCAGGUUAUAACUCUACUGAAGGGCGCCAGCUACCUAGCUGCUGUUUAGCGAGCUUCAGUGGAAACGGAUGCCGACUGAUCCGCGUAACUGGCUAACUUAAGCCAGCUGUCGUGCUGGGAUGCAAGCUAAGUAGCAAACCUGUAGCUCGUCCCUGUCAGCAGGCCAAAUUUAUUUCUCUUCGCGACAAUCUUUCUCUCCGACUGGGGACUGCCUGUGGUCGACAAAAAAUGCUUUUAGCGGGAACGCGGAAAGUGUCCCGCUGACUUGGCGGUUCAGUGUGGAUUCUGGGCUGAGGCCUGCAGGUCGGGCUUUCACGGGGCUAGAGUUGGCGCGACCCGCGAGGUUUGUGAGCGGGGAACCCGCGACACAGGCUGCCGGGAGCCCUUGGGCCAGGAAAGAAGCGAAAUGGAGCGGAUGGAGGUGGACCAGUGCGCAGGCGCAGCUGCGGGCGGCGGAGGCGGGGCUCUACGCAGGUCGAACAGCGCCCCCAUGAUCAGCGGUGUUAGUGAUGCCAUGACGGUGUUCAGUCCCACCAGCUCGGCAAGAUUUCGCCGGAGCAGUGUGUCCGUGAACCACAGCUGUCCUGGGCGGGCCCUCCCCCUGUCCCCCUUCUCGUUGGCCAGCGAGAGACAGGAUCAUAAAAGGCUGGAGGAGAGUGUGGAGCUGCACCUGAGAGAGAAUCUGCAGAGGAUGAGUGCUUCAUCUUCAGCUCCUCAUCCUCCUGUCAGUCACUGGCAUGACCACACCUCCCUGGGGAUACAUUCACUUGACAGUGGUGUCACACCAAACUCAUCCCCAAGUCCAACAAGGAGGUUCAGAGGCAGGGUGGCGCAAAACGAUGCAGUGAGGUGGCCCGCUCUAACGCCGCUGAAAAGGAAAGGAGGAGUCGAGUCCGAUGGACCCCCAAAGAAGCUGUUUGUUGCCGGGGUGACGGAUGCACCUCACAUCGCCGGUUACACAGUCAGUGUUGCCCAGGCUACCGGAUCACCAGUGGGCGGGGUUUCGGUUUGUGCCAGCCCACAGGGCAGCCCCCUCCCUAUCUCCCCCCCUCCCUCCUUCACUUCCCACCACCCAAGCUUCUGAAUCCACACCACCUCCAGCCAAUCACAGCGCAGGAUAAGGUGGCUAACACACAUGCAGAUAUGUUCACACUAUCUCAGCCAAUCAAAAACAUGCAUACAGAUAUGUCCACACUGUCCCAGCCAAUCAAAAACACACAUACAGAUAUGUUGAUACUAUCCCAUCCGAUCAGAAGCAUUCUUUCACAGGAGGUGUUAUCUCAAGGUGAGGAAUGGCAUCUCCUUCUUCUGCUUUUGUUCCUUUCUCCCUCACCGGUGAGGGAUCGAGCAGAAACUUAGAUGUAUUGGAAAACAAGCUCAACCAAUGACAAAUCAGGAAAGUUUUGGAGACAACCAAUGAGAGGUGUGGAUUGAGAAGAGCUCAGCCAAUCAGAAUGAGAGCUGAAGCAGAAGAGACAGAGGCGGAGUAUUUCCCUAAGAACAGAAGCUCAUCUGAUGUUUUGACAGCAUUGGACUGGGCCAAUUAUUUUAAAUGUUAGACCAAAUAAAUAAGUGAGAUAUUUUUAGUGAGGGAGAGGGGGGAAGAGGCCGACAGGCCUGUUGAGGUCUGGAACAGCAGCAGAGCGCUCAGCUAGGUGUUAAAUGGAGCUGAUGUAGGAUCAGUGUGAUGUUUUAGCAGAUAGUGGAGAAGCAUAGAACAUGAAGAGCAGUGACCUGGUCCUGGAUCAGUGCAGCUGCUCUGGAGAUGUUCAUGAAGAUGGAGAGCUGUUCUAGGAUCAGGUUUUUGUAUUUUAGCCCAUAACGGACAAGGUUAGCGCGUGGGACGGGGGUAAUCUGGUUCCAGCUCAGCUGUCCUAGUCUGAGAUCAUUUUAAACAUGGGCCUGUGGGCAGCGUGUGUUCUCCUGAGCGAGCAGGACAGGACCCGAGCACAGAGCUCGUGCUCACCACGUCACCAACGGCAGCGUUUUGGGGAGCACAGGGAAAUGCUGGGAGAAUUCCCGGCCUUCCGACUCCGGACUUUUAACUGCUUCCUGUUCCGCCAGGCUUUCAGCACCAGAGGGUUCAUGCCAAUGAUGUGGGAUGAAAGGGUGAGUGUGACUGAGUGAGGUCAGUGAAAGUGUGAAUGUGGUCGAGGAAGAUUUUUGGGCUUACCGCCAAACUCUUUUAGCGUUCAUUUCAAACAUGCAGCGCGGGAUGACCAGCCGCUUGGUCAGACAGAAAAAUACGAAAUUAAACGCUUCCUAAAGGAAGGAUGUUGGGAAAGGUGGGCAGGGAUCUGGUCUCUAAAUGUACAGUAUGUAAAUAUGUGGCACUCUGAGACAGAACUCUGACCUUGGGAUUAUUGCUGGGUACUUUAAUUUUGUAUCAUGUAAGAAUGUAACCUUGUCAUAUAAAUAAUACAUAAAUAAUAAAGUGUAACCUUUUGGGUUUUUUUACAUCCUUUAAAAAAAAUGACAGCUUUGAAAGGAUUUUAUUUUUCUUUGUUGAAGAUUUAGCAGUCCAUUUAAAAAUGUGCUAAGUGGGGAAUUCUGUAAAUAUGAAUAUUUGUAUAUUAUUGUAAAUGCAAACCUGUAAUUUUUUCUUGCCUUCCAGUAACUUGGACUGUGCUGUUUUUUUCAUAUGGUGCAGAUGAAGGUUUGACGCUGAGAGCUGUUGCAUGCAGUUCACUUUUAGUUGGGAAUAGUUGCCCGUUUUAUUCUGUGUUCAGACGACUGACCCACUGUGUGCCUGUGUUAUAUGAGUGAUUAUACAGAGAGACUGGUGCCUGUGUUAUAUGAGUGAUUAAACAGAGAGACUGGUGCCUGUGUUAUAUAAGUGAUUAAACAGGGAGACUGGUGCCUGUGUUAUAUGAGUGAUUAAACAGGGAGACUGGUGCCUGUGUUAUAUGAGUGGUUAAACAGAGAGACUGGUGUCUGUGUUAUAUGAGUGAUUAUGCAGAGAGAGGCAUAGUUUGGAGAGUGACUGUUGGUGUAUGGUAACUCCACCCAUUUUCAGUCAAACCAGGUAGAGUUACUCACUUGAUGCUGAAUACAUAUGCCUCAUUUUCUUCUGUAAAUUUUUUUAGACAAUCAUAUUGAGAUGUUUUUCAUUAUUAAGGAAACCUGUGGAUGUUGAUGAUGAUGACUGGAUCAGUUACCCCUCUGAGGUUCUGAUGAUUCUGUGUUCCCUGAAAAACUUAAUGUGGGUUAUUGAGUUCCCCUGGAAACAUAUUCUGUUAUUGUGAGAAAAUGGGGUUCAAAAGUACAUUUAAAACUGAAUUUGUACAUUUGCCAACUAUGAGUGGCUCUUGUUAAGAGUUCAAUAUUGUAAAUAGACUCAGAAACAAUUAUAUUAUGAAAAUGAUAAAGAAGUAUUUUUAUGGUCCUGUAAAAUAAAGGGAAAAAAUAUUCCGCUUGAGUAUUUCAUGCUUGUACAACUUAUGCAAACUGUGCUUCAUGUUCUAGUGAAAAUAUGUACACACUUUUCAAAUAUACAAAUAUUAUAUAUUUGUAUAAUGUAUACUAAAAUGUACCAUGACAAUAAAAUUAUAUCCCAGGGGAAGCUG